AUGCGGAGAACACUGCGGAGAACACUGCGGAGAAACCAAGCGGCAACAAGGCCACCAUCGUCAAGAACACGGCUCAGCUCUCCAAGAUCCCACGUCAUAUCAGUCAUCCACUCAGGCAGCCACCAGCUAGCCACUCAGUCUGAUACUCUACAAGAGGAGGAGCAAGAGGAGGAACUACAACAGGCAAAUGCGGAGAACACUGCGGAGAAACCAAGCGGUAACAAGGCCCCCAGCACCAAGAACACGGCUCAGCUCUCCAAGAUCCCACGUCAUAUGCUCUCCACGGUUCCACAUCAAAUCAUCACUCAGUAA